AUGGAAGAAUUUGUCACGAUUUCAGACGAUCACAAAAUUCUUUCGUGGAACCUCAACACUCUUCAAAACACAAAGCUCCUUACCCUUCCUGACAACAUCUUCCCGGCUUCCAUUGGCUGGAUUCCAAAAUGGAAGGCUCACGAUGGGAUAAUUCUGAAGGUAGGUUGGAACCCCGUCAACAAUCUUAUCCUCUCCGGUGGCGAAGACUGCAAAUACAAGAUAUGGGAUAGCUUGGCCAGACUCCUGUUUGCUAGUCAAAUGAAUGAUUUUCCAAUCACCUCCCUUGCGUGGUCUCCCGAUGGACAGCUCUUCACAGUCGGCAGCUACAAUACCAUUCGUCUUUGCGAUCACGUUGGCUGGUUCCACACACUUGAAAAGCCAAUAACCGGCAGCAUACUCAGUUUGGCCUGGUCAGCCGAUGGCACACAAGUGGCUGCCGCGGGCGCAAACGGCCAAGUAAUCUUCGCAAAGAUUGUCGAUCAGUCGAUGGAAUGGGAGGGCCUUGAAGCGACUGUUCAAGAUGAAAGGCUUAUUACAACCUUCAACGUCAAUGACGGAGCGGUUGAAAAACUGGAAUUCCGCGACCGUGUGGUGAAAAUGUCUGUCGGGUAUGGACACCUCAUCGCGAUCACUACACUACAGUGCUACAUUUACAGUGUGAAAAACUUCAACACCCCCUCAAUAACAGAAUUAAAGGACAAUAAUGUGCUUCUGAUUCUUCAGGCUCAGGACUUAUUCCUGCUCGUUGAUUCUGGGGGCUUCUUCCUAUACAACUAUGAGGGACGUUUCAUCUCAUCUCUAAAGGUACCUUCGUUAAAGACAGAAGCAAUCUACCCCGGAAUCGUGGCUCUAAGUGGUGAGACAAUGGCUGUCAGGGACACCGAGGACGAAAAAGUUGUCAAUUUGUAUGAGGUCGCCCCUGCUAAGCCGAUUGGAGACGGAAAACCGAUCGUACAUUCGGCAGAGGUGCUUUCUCUCGGACUCAAUCAGAAAGGCGCGGCUGUCGAUCGUCGUCUCGUCCUGCUUGAUAAAAAUAAGGACCUCUUUCUCUAUCAAGUUCGAAUCUACGGUCGCGGUAGAGCUGUAACAAAACUAUGCAGUAUGGUGUCAACCUUCUUGUGGUCCGAGACCGACAACUUUUUGGCGGCUGCUCAGAACGACAAAUUAACUAUUUGGUACUACCCGACCCUGGCCUUUAUUGACAAGGAGCUUUUACCGCUGACGAUACAGGAAACGGACAUUAUGUAG